UUUAGUUUGAAAACCACUUCAAAUUAUUAGAGAUAAAAUGGAGUCUUCGAAUGGAUACUUUCAAGUUGCUGACUUCGUUAUAUUUGGGGGAAUAUUGCUUUCCUCUGCUGCGAUUGGAAUCUAUUUUGCUUAUAAAGACAGACGCGAUGAAACGAUCGAAAAUUAUUACUUUGGCCGAAGAAAUGUAUCACCGGUUCUCGUAGCAAUAUCUUUAUCGGUGUCUCUCAUAUCAGCAAUUUCUGUCAUUUCCAUUCCUGUUGAAGUAUAUCUAUUUGGUGCGGUGUUUGCUUGGGAUAGAAUUGCUGCACUCAUAUAUUACUUCGUGGCGUCUACAUAUUACAUCCCAUUGUAUCGUCGGCUACGAUUGAAGACCGUGUUCGAGUAUUUGGACCUGCGCUUCAAUCGAAGAAUUCGUUUUUUUGCCUCGGCAAUUUCAAUGAUGGCUUUGAUAUUCUACUUGGGUAUAACCGUCUAUCUUCCAGCCCUUGCAUUGAGCGCUGUCACGAUCCUUGAAUUAAAAUGGACGAUUGCAAUCACAAGCAUAGUGUGUACGUUCUAUACCACCAUCGGUGGAUUGAAAGCAGUGGUGUGGACCGAUCUUUUGCAGAGCCUUAUUAUGCUCGGAGGCGUACUUUCUCUUUUCAUACGCGCUACACUUCUGUAUGGCGGAUUUGGAGAUAUAUGGGAUGCCGCAGAACGUGGAAAUAGACUCAAUUUUUUCAAGCUUGAUAUAGAUCCCAGAAUUCGAAGUUCAACAUGGACACAUUUAAUUGGUGGGGCAGUUGGGGGCUGUUAUUCUGCGUGUUGCAAUCAAGUUACUGUUCAAAGAUAUUUGUCAUGUGAUUCGGUUCGAUCUUCUAGGAUAGCUGUUUGGUUACAAUGGAUUCCUAGCACAAUCCUGUUGAUACUCUGUGUAGCGAAUGGGUUAGUUCUGUAUGCUUAUUAUGAAGGUUGUGAUCCAGUUCUUUCGGGUUUGGUUACAAAAAGUGACCGUACGAUACCACGAUUAGCAUUGGAAUUAUUUCGAGAUAUGCCUGGAAUGGCAGGAAUGUUUGUGUCUGCUGCGUUCAGUGGGACUCUGAGCUCAGUAUCGUCUGGAGUGAACUCUUUGUCAGCGUUAGCACUAGAAGAUUUCGUUUUACGAUUUUUUCCAACAAUGCCUAAGAGAAAGAAAAUGCUUUGCAGCAAAUUGUUGAGUGUUCUAUUCGGUGCAGUCAUUAUGGGAAUUGCUUAUCUUGUGUCCACUAUAUCUACUCAUAUAUUCCAAAUCAACAUUGUUGUAGCGUCAAUAUCAUCACCUAUACUCGGCACUUUUACGAUGGGCUUGUUCAUGCCAUGGAUAAAUAGUUGGGGAGCUUUAUCAGGAGUUACAGGUGGCACGGCAUUUAGUAUCUGGAUCGCUAUCGCCUCAUCUUAUCAAGCAACAUUUCCAGCGACAAGUGAGACUUUACCCAUAUCUACGGACAACUGCACCGUGAAUUUUGCUCAUAAUCUCACAAGCAUGUCUUCAAUUGGAAACUACGCAGAUUUAACCACGAUUUCACAGAUAUCCACGAUACCUGAAGAAGAACGAUCUGUUCUCGGUGACACCUUAUAUUCUCUGUCGCCAUUUUUAUAUGGAACAUGUGGAUUUCUAGUAUCAAUAUUUUUGGGGCAUGUUGCGUCAUUUUUAACAGGAUUCAACAAAAUUUCAGAGGCUAAUCCAGACUUAUUUGUACCAUUUAUAAACUGUAAACUGUUUCGUUUUGGCAUUCCUAAAACUACACUAGUAGACCGGGGAGACGAGGAAGAAACAAAGACCGUGCAGCACAUCAAUGCCGGCUAUCUCAACAAUGAAAAUGAUCACGAAGUCUCAAACUCUAACGAAGCCAAAUGUGAAGAAACAAUUUUUUAACCAGGCAUCCCACGAUGUUGAGUGAUUUUGUACAAACCAUACCAUUAUUUUAUUUUGUCAUAUUGAUUGACAGUUACAUAUAUUGCAAAUAUAAGUAUUGAAGUAAGUACUUGCGAACACUUCAGGAUUCAAUGUUGGAUUUUUAUUAUAAACGACGAAACAUCCAAUUUAUAUAUAUAUGUAGUAACUUUCUUCUUUUCUGAUUUAAAUAAAUUGAUUAGCUUUGAGUCCUUCGACCACUAAUUUUA